AUGUCUUGGGCAUUUUUGUCUCUCCAAGCAGCUGCAACGGUUUCCGAUAUCCCAGGAAUAACCCCCCCAAUCCCGCGCGUCGCGAGCAUAGCACAGGUCGACGCGUCCAAGUACUUCAAAACGAAGCCUGGCGAGUUCCAACAUCCAGGGAUAUGGCACACGCACGAUGACCUCGAGCGCGUACGUGACAAUGUGCGAGCCGGAAAAGAACCCUGGUUUUCCGCUUACGCGCGCUUCGCCGCCGAUUCCUACUCGCAAGCAAACUAUACGAUGGAAGGUCCAUACCCGGUGCUCAGCCGUGGUGCGGUAUUGAAUUACAGUUCCUUCGCGCAUGAUGCGCGCGCUGCGUGGCAGAACGCCUGGAUGUGGUAUAUCACACGGGAUCAAGCGCAUUGGGAAAGGAGUACGACAAUCCUGGAUGGGUGGGGAUCAACACUCACCAACAUCGUCGGUACAGAUCGCUCUCUGAUGAUCGGACUGGACGGGGAUCUGUUCGUGAACGCGGCUGAAAUCAUGCGUUGGGAGGGUAACUGGACGGAGGCUGGCGCCAAGUGGCAGGGUGGCAGCGGGUUCAGUAUCCAGCUCUACUGGCUGUUUUCGCGACAGUCCAUACCAAUCGGACAGGCGAACUAUGGGAUGGCGAGUACCAAGGCACUGAUGAGUUUCGCGGUGUAUCUGGACGACGUGCAGUUGUGGAAUUAUGCAGUCGAUGCAUACAUCCAAGAUAACUGCGCCGGGCUGUUUGCGACGUAUGAGCCGCAAACCGGGCAAAGUGGGGAGGCCGGAAGAGACCAGGGCCAUGCGAUGUCAGGAAUCGGAUGGGCGGCAUAUGCUGCAAGAGUUGGACAGAGCCAGGGCAUUGACCUCUAUGAGCUUGGUGAUGAUUUGCUUUUGAAAGGGGCGGAAUAUGCGGCUAAGUAUAACUUGAACGAGAGUGUGUCGUAUGAUCCGAGUUGGUGCAGGUGCGAGGCGGUGCUUGUAAAUGGGCCAUGGGAUAAGAUCUCGGAGGAGAAGAGAGGAGUCACAAAUGCGAAUCCGAUAUGGGAUGUGCUGUACUAUCAGUAUGUGAAGAAGCGAGGGAAGGAAGCUCCGUGGACGGCGAAGGCAAAGGACGAGGAAGGCUUUGAAGGGGCUGUCACGUCGAAUGACCAUCCGAGCUGGGGUGAUCUGAUCUGGGCGUAUUAG